CCACCAUCGUCUCCUCGACCCAACAGUCCCAAUCGAAAUCCCAUUUGACUCGUAUAUUUGCUGUUGACAGUACCCUCAGUUGUACUAUAUGGAUUUCAUAUUCUGUUUGCCUAUCCUUUUCGGGUGCCCCACGAAGAUCAAGCCCGACGGUGAUCAGACCCCUAGGGUAUGCCCUAGGUGCCACAAUGUCUCAGUCAUCCGAGCAAAGAGCAGGACCUGGUUCGAGCUCUGCUUCAUCCCUCUCAUCCCCAUGACCUCGAAACACAUCUGGGUCUGCUCCAUCUGUCAGUGGUCUGUACCUUUGCAGCAAGGGUGGGAGCCCCAGUUACCAGGAGGAGGCGGAUAUUACCAUCAGCAACCACAACAGCCAAAUUAUCAGCCUGCAUACUUCCAUAACCAGCCCCCGCCGCCCAAGUAACAUGUCAAACUUGUUGACGUUCCCGGCAUUUUUUCGCUUUCACUUUCUGCACUCGAUGUUGUUGUUCCAUCUUCGUCUUCGUAUGCUUGUAUUUUCUAUGCUUCACCCAAUUCCUACCGGACCCUUGUAUUACGACUGUAACAUAACUU